UCCCUUAAAAGAAAGCGAGAUUUAUAGCGAUUCCACAAGGUGUACGGUAUUUGAGAGUGUGCACGCGCGAGAGCCGUUAAAUCUACGUGUCGCGCGCAUUGCUCCAGCAGUGCCAACUAAACAUUACAAAAAAAAAUUUUUACAAAACCUUUAUAUAUAUUGUCUGCAGUUCGAUACAUAACCAAGAUGUCGGACGAUAUUUCGAGUGCGCAAUUAUGUGAGAACAUCACUCGUGAGAGUUUACAACUUAACCAACAUUUGGAGAAGAUGACUGAACAAAUGGAGAAUGUUUCAGUGAAGUUGUCUUGGAUGGCAUAUGAUAUGGUUGUGCUCCGAACCAGUCCAGAUCUUGCUGAAUCCUUCAAGAACCUGGAGAAUGAGUUCCUCAAGUGCAAAGCUGUCAUCUGUGGUCCCACAGAUGGACAAGAUAAAAAUUGUCAUCCUGCUACUGAAGAACAUAAUAUCCCCCCAAAAUAAAGUCAGAGUUUCAAUGUAGAACAGAGGCAUAUCUAAUAGGAUGAUGUUAAUGUUGUUAAAACUGAUGCAGUUAGAUCUUCCAGAGUUGUUUGGUGCCACUGUAUAUUUGUGAUUUAGCAUGGUUUUAUUCCCUCAUACAAAUGAAUAAAAAUAUCAACCAA